AUGCAUUUGUCUCAUCUCUACUACUCGUGUCUCUAUAUCUAUAUCUCUAGUUUGUUUUUUUCUCGUACCAAUCUUCCAAGAUUGUAUGUAAAGGAGACAGACAUAACGAACGAAAGCGAAAGUGAUCUCACUGUUCUCCAGUCACGAAGUAAAAUUCAGACGUGUAAGGUGUACAAACAUGAAGCUUAUUGCCAUUGUCUUCGUUUUUGCAGCAGUAAUUGCUGUUGUGACAUCACAACAACCACCGGAUUGUGUAUCAAUCGCAAAGAGCACACCUGAAGACAUUUCAAAAUAUUAUUAUCAUCACGAAAGCGACUGCAAUAAAUAUUAUCAAUGUGCUGAAUAUGGGUUAGUUCUCAAGGCGUGUUCGGAAGAUCAACAUUUUGACCGUAACCUAUACAUCUGUGGUUAUCCCGAGGACAUUCAAUGUUAAGCGUUUGCUCUAAUUUUGAGCUUACGAUUGUCUGAAAAGAAAUGUUAAUUUUGUAAUAAAAAUAUGUUUUUGUGAUUUAACCUCA